AUGUCUACCAAGCUUGAUAAGCCUCUUGACGAGAUCGUCAGCGCCAAGCGCCGCGACUCUGUUCGCCGCCGCUCCCUGCGACGAUCAACCACCGGUCGCCCUGCUCCUACCGCUCCUGCCGGUGGUAUCCAGAAGACCGCGGCCAAGAACUCUCGUGGCUCUGCCGCAAAGGCCACACCCAUCAAGGCUGCUAUUCCUAGCAGCGACAGCAAAGUCAUCGUCAGCAACUUGCCCAAGGACGUGACGGAGAAGCAGAUCAAGGAAUACUUUGUUCAAUCUGUCGGCCCCAUCAAGAAGGUUGAACUGUCCUACGGCCCCAACUCUCAAAGCCGAGGUAUCGCCAAUGUCACCUUCAGCAAGCCUGAGGGUGCUUCCAAGGCACUCUCGACUCUCAACGGAUUGUUGGUCGACGGCCGUCCCAUCAAGAUUGAAAUCAUUGUCGGAGCUGCCCAGGCCGACAAGGUUAUUCCCCCGAUUAGGACUCUAGCUGAGCGCACAACCCAACCCAAGGGCCAGCCCAAAUCUGCCGCUGGCAAGAAGCAGAAUACCACUGCCGCCAAGGCUGGUGGUGCCAAGGGAGCCGCCGCGAAUGCCAACAAGAAGCGCCGCGGCCGUAACGCCCGCCCUGCCAAGAAGACCGCCGAAGAGCUCGACUCAGAGAUGGCAGAUUACUUCGUUGGUGCCGGCAACGCUGAUGCUGGUGCCGCUCCCGCUGCCGCUGCCGCUGCUCCCGCCAACGGCGAUGCUCCCAUGGAGGAUGAGAUUAUGGUAAGUUAG